AUGGGCGUCAUCAGAAAGAAAACCGUCACUCGGGGCGGUGAGGGUGGUGUCAAGUAUCAUUGCGAUAUUUGCUCUGUAGAUAUCACAUCCACGGUACGCAUCAGAUGCGCUCACUCUGCUUGCAACGACUACGAUCUCUGCGUCCAAUGCUUUUCCCAUGGAAAGUCCAGUUCAAAUCACAAGCCCGAAACACAUCCAUAUCGAGUUAUCGAACAAAACUCGUUUCCCAUCUUCGACCGCGAUUGGGGUGCCGACGAAGAACUACUUCUGCUCGAGGGCGCAGAGAUAUAUGGCUUGGGAUCAUGGGCCGACAUUGCAGACCACAUUGGUGGCUUCCGCCACAAGGACGAAGUAAGGGACCACUACCUCAAAGUCUACGUUGACUCGCCACGGUUUCCGCUGCCGAAACGAUGCAGUCCGCACGAUAUGGACCUUGCGAACGAGAUCUCUAGAGAGGAUUUCCAAGCAAAGAAGAAGCGCAGGAUAGAAGAGCGGAAAGAAGCCGCCAAAAACGCGCCCACAUUACAGCCGAAGACAAAACCGACUGCUUCCGUACCGUCUUGUCACGAAAUUCAAGGCUACAUGCCUGGCCGUUUGGAGUUCGAGACCGAAUAUGCCAACGAGGCCGAAGAAGCAGUGCAGCUUAUGCAGUUCGACCCAGGCGAUGGCCUCAACCCCCGAACAGGCGAGCUUGAGCCGGAAAUGGAGCUGAAGCUGACAGUCAUGGACAUUUACAACUGCCGUCUCACGCAACGUGUGGACAGGAAAAAGGUCAUUUUUGAGCACAACUUGUUGGAAUACCGUGAGAAUACCAAAGUGGAGAAGAAGAGGAGCAAGGAAGAGAGGGACCUCUUGAACAAGGCCAAGCCUUUCGCUCGGAUGAUGAACCACGACGACUUCGAAAGCUUGUGCCAAGGCCUGAUUGACGAGCUUAACUUACGGCAGGCCAUUCAACAGCUCCAGGAGUGGCGAAGCGUGCGCAUUGGCGACUUGCGCAGUGGGGAGAAGUAUGAGACGGAAAAGGCGCAACGGGCACAGAAGGCUGUACCCAUGGGAUCCAUGGACAGGGACCGCCUGGCCUCGGCACAGCGGUCUAAGGCAGCUGCUGUACCCGACCCUCCGAGCGGUGCCGCCCUGCUUGUGGCUCCCGAGCUGCCUAUCCGGUCGGCGCCAGCCCCCGACGGCACCAACGGUACCAUUCCGCCCAGGGAACCCAGGGAGCCUAAUGGGGACAGCAAACCCCAGACCAAUGGCAACGCCAAUGGAGCUUCCACAAACGGUACGGUCGUUGUUGCCAACGGCACAGGUCCGUCAGGCCCUAUGACACGGCAGAGAUACAUGGCCCCGGCCCUGCCGGGCGUCACGCCACUUCAGCUCACCCAGGACGGUGCGCCGGAUUUGCACCUCCUGACGCCAGAGGAGGCUAAGCUCUGCGAAGUGGUGCGGUUGCAGCCGAAGCCGUACCUGAUGAUCAAAGAACAGAUCCUCAAGGAGGCCCUCAAGAGCAACGGCACUCUGAAGAAGAAGCAGGCCAAAGAGAUAUGUAGGCUCGACUCACAAAAGGGUGGUCGCAUAUUCGACUUCUUUAUCAACGCUGGAUGGGUCGGUCGCGCGUAA